AUGGCUUCCAUCAACUUCAACUCCUUGCCUGUGGUCAUCUCGGGCUUUACUCCUGCCACCUACUGCCUCGUUGGCCUCGGGUCUUUGGUCUUGUGGUACAUUGUCAGCGCGGUCUACGCCUGGUAUCGCCUCCGGAACUUCCCCGCCCCGUCCUUCAUAGCCUCCUUCUCCCACCUCUGGCUCGCGAGGACAACCUACAGCGGGAAGCAGUACUGGGUUCACCGAGAGCUGCAUCGCAAGUAUGGACCCCUGGUGCGCAUCGGCCCCAACGAGAUCAUGACGGACGAGCCCGAGAUCAUCAAGAAGAUCUCGUCGGCCCGCAGCUCGUACCACCGGGACGCGUGGUACAUCACCGGCCGCUUCAACCCGUACCAUGACAACAUGUUCUCCCUCCAGGACACCGCGUCGCACAGCAAGGCCAAGUCGCGGACGGCGGCGGCCUACGGCGGGCGAGACGUCCCCGCGGUUGAGCCCGGCAUCGACGACCAGGUCAACACCCUGGUCGAGCUCAUCCGCAGGAAGUACGCGACGCCGGCGACGGGUACAGGCCAGCGGCAGCCACUGUUGGAUCUGGGCCCGUUGUCGUGUUACUUCACCAUGGACGUCAUCACUCGGCUGGCCUUCGGUCACGAGUUUGGAUAUCUCAAGGAGGAGACGGACCUGUACCGCUUUCUCGGCGGCGUGCGUGACCUCUGGCCUCGCAUGUCGACCUGCGCCGACGUCCCGUGGAUCCGCAACUUCCUGUUUUCCCCGGCUUUUCUGAAGCUCAUGGGCCCCAAGUCGACCGACAAGAAUGGCUUCGGAGCAUUGAUGGGAGUUGCAGAACACUACGUCGGCAAGAGGUUUGCUCCCGGAGCCAAGAAACCACAGGACAUGUUGGAAUCCUUCAUCCGUCACGGAUUGGACAAGCAAGAGUGUGAGGUCGAAGGGCUUUUCAUGAUUGUCGCCGGCACCGAAAGCACUGCGGGAGCCAUUUGCUCCGCGCUGAUCCACGCCAUCACAUGCCCCCCCGUCUACUACAAGCUCAAGGAGGAGAUCCAGCUGGCCAUCAGCGAAGGCCGGGCGUCCAACCCCAUCCAGAUCGAGGAGGCCAAGAAGAUCCCGUACCUGCAGGCCGUCAUCUACGAGGGAAUCCGGAUGCGGACCCCCUUGCUUGGUCUCUUCCCCAAGGUCGUCCCCAAGGGCGGAGACGAAUUCCUCGGUAAGUACGUUCCUCCCGGCACUGCCAUCUGCAUGAACACUUCGUCUCUCCUGCGGUCGACCUCGCUCUUUGGCCCGGAUGCCGACGUCUUCCGGCCGGAGCGCUUCAUGGAGCUCGACAAGGCGGCCCGCACGGAGAUGGAGCGUUCCGUCGAGUUGGCUUUUGGGUACGGUCAGCACAUGUGCGUCGGGAAGAACGUGGCAUUCAUGGAGCUUAACAAGUCCAUCUUUGAGUUACUGCGGCACUUUGACUUCCAGCUCGUUAGCCCCGCCAAGCCGUGCGACACCCUGAGCUACGGUGUAUUUUUGGAAGAGAAUCUUCUUUUGAGGGUCAAGGAGAACUGA